UCAGUUUCUCUCUCUCUCUCUGUAACUUCUUCGCCGAAUUCUUUUCUCAGAGAGUCUUCUUUGGCACUCUCUAUCGAAUCUCUACUUCUCUACUUCUCUACUUCGUCAUUACCGCCAUCUUCGUUCCCAUAAAUAUAGUCUCUUUUUUCUCUCUCCAUUUCGUCUUCAAUUCUUCAUCUCUCGAUCUCUUUCUCUCUCUUCCCUUCUGUAAAUAACUAGAGAAUAGAGCAUCGGAAGGAACAUCAUCAGAAUCAUCCAUGGCUGCCAACAAGUUUGCGACCAUGUUGCACAGAAAUACCCAUAGAAUUACUGUAGUUCUUGUCUAUGCAGUCCUCGAAUGGAUUUUGAUAAUUCUUCUACUCCUUAACUCCUUGUUCUCUUAUCUGAUUUCAAAAUUCGCCGAUUUCUUCGGCCUUAAAUCUCCCUGCCUUUGGUGUUCCAGACUUGAUCAUGUGUUCGAGCCCGGAAAGAGUAGGGCUUCUUACAGAGAUCUCGUUUGUGAAACCCAUGCCUCUGAGAUUUCCAAAUUGAGUUACUGUACCAAACAUGGUAAGUUGGCUGUAGCUCAGGGUAUGUGUGAGGAUUGCUCGUCCUCUCGGCCAGAUUCUCAUAGUAAGACAUACGACAUCGGACGAAAGGUCGCUCUUUUUUCUUGGGUGAAACAGAAGAGCAUGAUUUCCCGUAAUGGGGAGAAGCAGAUUGAGGAGGGAGACAAGAAUUAUAGGUGUUCAUGCUGUGAUGUGAGCUUGGAUAGCAAACUUUGCUCUCCUUUUUUGCUACUCAAGCCUUCCUGGGGUGUUCUGGAUUAUGCCCAGAAAGCCAAUUUGAUUGCUUCUGCCAUUGGUACGGACAACGAUGGAGGUGAAUACUCGGAUCCCUGUAAAUCUGAUUGCCUCACAGAUGAACAUGAGAUGGAAAGAAUCAGAGGAGCAAAUAGAGACGAAGUUGUUUAUAAUGACGAUGAAGAUGAUGAAGGAGCGGAAGAUGAACUUCAGAUACCAACUGAUGUUGAUGAAAGUGAUCGAAGAAGAGAAGAGGCAGAGGAGGACUGCUCCCAUUGCAGAGAAAUGUCGGGAGUCGAAGAAGAAAAAAAGAGUACUUUUGGGAUGACAGAACAAAAGCCCAUCGAUGAGGUUGAGUCAAAUGCCGAGAUUCUGGGUUGUUCCAGAACAGAUGCAUCUGCUGAAAUUUUUCAUCCGCGUUUGGAGAAUCCUGAUGAUGUGGAUGAUCAUCGCCUGGUGCCUGUCGAAUUGAUUGAUUUUAUGACUGCUGAAAACCAAAGCGUAUCCAGUUGCAGAAAGGAAGAUCAGAAGAAGCCUGAGCAUCUGGAAGUAGUGUUAGGUUCUGAAUCACUCAUCGACUCCCAAUUUAAAUUCAUUUCCACACAAUUUGAUUUCAUACUCGAGAGGGGUAAUAUUUUAGAAGGGGCAGCAGCAGUGCCUUCAAUAGAUGAGAACACAAUGUCUACAAAGCUUGAAUUCAUGGCGGCAGGAGGGAAGCAAUCAGACGUUCGUCCAGCAUCAGAAGAAGCUGUUUCUGAAUUGCUGGUAGAUAUCAGAUCAAAGAUCUUGGCUACGACAGAGGAAGCAUCUGAUUGGCUGCAAGAUAUUGAGCUUGUUCCUUCUUUGCCAUGUUUACAAGAAGAUCAAUCUUCCAAGGAUCAUGAUAAUGCUAGAAAUUCUAAGCAUUCUGAUACUUUGUUGGUAGAAAGUGAUCAAGGUCCGAAGCAAGCUGAGGAUGCAACCAUGGAAGACAGAAGCAAACUCUUUGAUAGGGCUGAGCAGGGAAUAAAUAAUCAUUUAUUCUUAUAUUCAGAAAUCAAUGAAGUUGAUGAAGAGAGGACACCAUCAACACCCACUUACAUGGAAGGUCUCUAUAACCUACAUCAGAAGCUACUGUUACAACAGAAAAAGGAAUUUGGAGCUGAGGAAUCUCUGGAUGGAAGUGUCAUAAGUGAGUUUGAAGGAGGGGAUGCGGUUCUGACUAUUGAACGCCUAAAAUCAGCUCUGAGAGAAGAACGCAAGGCUCUUCAUGCUAUGUAUUCAGAACUAGAAGAAGAGAGGAGUGCCUCUGCAAUAGCUGCCAACCAAACAAUGGCUAUGAUAACUAGACUGCAGGAAGAGAAGUCUGCAAUGCAGAUGGAAGCUCUGCAAUAUCAAAGGAUGAUGGAAGAACAGUCUGAAUACGACCAGGAAGCUCUGCAACUCUUAAAUGAUCUCAUGGUCAAGAGGGAGAAGGAGAAGCAAGAGCUAGAGAAAGAGCUGGAAAUAUAUCGCAAGAAGGCUCUUGAUUAUGAAACUAAAGGGCAAAGGACGAUGAGAAGGAAGAACAGUAGUGGAAGGAGCAGAACUACAUCUGCUUAUUCUAGCAAUGCGGAGGACAGCGAUGAGUUAUCUAUUGAUCUUAAUCAUGAAGUCAGAGAUGAAGAUGGCUUUUAUAGCCACAGAGAAAGCAGCAACAGCAGUCACUACACUCCUGGUGAUGUAGUUCUAAAUUUGGAGGAUGUGGGGCUAGAGAGCACAAAGCAUUUGAGCACGCUUAAUGAAUCACUGUCCGACUUUGAAGAAGAAAGGAUUUCAAUUCUAGAGCAGCUCAAGGCACUGGAGGAGAAGCUCUUCACAUUGGAUGAUGACGAGGAACAAUUCUUUGAGGACAUAAGACCAAUGGAACAUAUUCUGGAACAGAAUGGCGAAGAGUUGAAUGAAAAAUCAGACUUCAGCCAUCAAGAAGCAAAUGGUGUUGCAAAUGGUUUCUCCGAUGACAUGGAUGUCAAACAUCAUCAAGAGAGAAGAAACAUGGGUGCAAAUGGAAAGAAGCUCCUUCCCCUUUUUGAUGAGAUUAGUACAGAAAAUGACAAUGGUAUACUGAAUGGACAUCAUGGAGAGCCUAAUGGUAUACUCUUGCAGAACUCUCUGGUUUCCAAGUUCACACCGGACAACAGGAGGACUGCUAUUGAAGAGGAGGUGGAUCAUCUCCAUGAGAGGCUACAGGCUCUUGAGGCAGAUAGGGGGUUCCUGAAACACUGCAUGAGCUCCUUGAAGAAAGGAGACAAGGGGAUGGAUCUUCUCCAGGAGAUAUUACAACACCUUCGCGAUCUAAGGUCUAUAGAACUGCGUGCGAGGAAUAUGAAUGAUGGUGCUCUAGCAUAAGACUACUUAAUUGUUUCUUGAGUAGAUAAUUGAGCAAUUUCUUGGAGUUGAUCAAUUACAGUCCAGAUUCAAGUGGGACGAGCUCUUGGCCCGCGGUGACCAUACAAGACUAGAUGCAGAAUGAAUUUUGCAUCUUUUACAAAUGGGAAGCCUCCCCCCCCCUGAAGAAAGGGAGGCUUCUGGUAUGGUCGGUUUGAUGUUGGUCCAUGAGGAGCAGACUGGGAAUGAAGUCUGCCUCCUUUUCCUUUUCUUUUGGCUUCCAAGAAAGCCCAAGUUUUUGUGGCUUGAACCCAUCAAAACCUUUUGCAGGGAAAGGUGGAAGAUGGGGAAGCAGGGAGGUGAGUGUGUGUAUGUUUAGGUCAGUCAGGUCAGGCCACCCUGUCAUUGUAAGUGUGAGAAAUCCUGGCUUGCAAAGUUUGAGAGAUCCAACCAAGAUUCUUGUGCCAGGAAGGCAACAUUAGUUUUAUAUGCAGAUAGGACUAGUAGAGUCUCUCCUUUUCAAAAUUUUUUAUUAUUUUGGAGAAGGGAGAGGAGUGUUAAUUCUUUCUCUCCCACAUCUUUGCGUCAUUAUAUCAUAUUGGUUUUGGCUUUUUGGUGGUCUUAGUUGGAUUUCUUUGUACAAUAUAUGUAUCCAUCUGUAUGUAUAUGAGUGCUGAGACUGAUUUUGCA